GUCUUAGUCAAAUGCGCCAGCGCGCCCGGCUUUACUCCGCAUAGGUGCACGCAAACAGCCGUCAUCGAUGCGCAAACUCUCAACCAUGCUGCUCUUGGCGCGCUGCGGCCGCGCCCUCGUCACGCCCGCCGCCGCGGCGGCGCGGAGAGGCCGCGCGCUCUCGGCAGCGCCCACCUCCUUCCCGCUCAGCAGCAGCAAGACCGUCAAGGUCGAGUACGGCGGCGCGGCCUCGGACUACGCCGGCGAUUUACUUUUGUUACCGUUCUGGUCCGACAAGGAUAUUGAUGUGGGCGCGGCGACCAUCGCGCAGGGCUGGGACGCGGCCUUUGGGGGAGCGCUCACGGAGCUCGCGGAAUCCCAAGAAUUCAAGGGGAAGAAGGGCGAGUCCCACGUCUUGACCGUCCCUGGAAGGUUACAAGGUGUCCGGAAAGUAGCGUUAGUUGGACUGGGCCCCAAAGAUAAAGCUAUGGAGGGCUACGCCGCCCUAGGCAAAGCCGUAGCAGAAAUAGCGUCAAAAGAAAAGGCGUCGUCCGUCGGCGUCGCGGCGCCUUCGCGAAGCAGGGACGCCUGGACCUUCGGCGAGCACGUCGAGGCCGUCGCACUGGCGACGUUCGAGGGCUGUUAUGUGGACGAUAGAUUUAGGACGGGCGACAACGUCAAGAAUCCCCCGAAAUUAUCGUCGUUGGAGUUGGUCGACGAGCCCAUGUCGGUCGAUGACGUUUCUCCGGACGACGCCUACGCCGCGUCCCUCGAGGAAGGUCCCCAAGAAAGUGUCGUGUCUGAAGCUGCUGAGAGGGCUCGAGCCUACGCCCAGGGGUCGGCCUUCGCCAAGGACUUGGUCAAUGCCCCGCCCAACGUGUUAACACCUAGAACGUUAGCCAUAGCGGCUGUGGAAUUGGCCAAAGAACAUCAAACGCUGGACUGCACGAUCAAGGGGCCCGUGGAGUGCGCUGCGCUGGGCAUGGGCGCGUACUUGGGCGUCGCGCAGGGCGCGUCGUCCGACAACGAGGCGCAAUUCGUCCAUCUCACCUAUAAACGCGGCGUGCCGAAGACGAAGCUAGCUAUUGUUGGGAAAGGUCUCACGUAUGAUUCAGGAGGCUACAACCUGAAGCCGUCGGCGGGGGGCAUGAUCGAGCUCAUGAAGUUCGACAUGGGCGGUGCGAUCUCGGCGUCCCGUCGUGGGGAGGUGCCUCCACGCCGUCGACGCGCGUGGUUUCUUUUUCGAUUUUGGGGCCGUUCGGACCGCGAGAUGAACGUUUCCGAACGUCAAGGUCGCGUCGACGCCGUCGACGCGACACAGUAUGCUUCGCGCAGGCGCCGCGGCGACGCUCGGCUGCGCCUCGGCCGUCGCUUCCCUGGAGGUGCCGGACUGUCGCGCGCCGCGUGGAAAUCCAUUGCAACGCCCGUGAUUGCGUUUCCGCACAGGCGAGAUCCACUUCAUCGUCGCGGCCUGCGAGAACAUGAUCUCCGGCGAGGCCGUGCGGCCCGGAGAUGUCUUAACAGCUUCAAAUGGGAAGACGAUCGAAGUGGCCAAUACCGACGCCGAGGGCCGGUUGACGCUGGCCGACGCCCUCGUGUACGCCGAGAAGCUGCAGCCGGAGGCCAUUGUGGAUCUCGCGACGCUGACCGGUGCUUGCAUCGUGGCGUUGGGCGAUGACGUGGCCGGAGUUUUCACGCAAAGUGAUGAGCUCGCAGCGGAACUGUCCAGCGCCUCGAAGAAGGCGAGGGAAGAGGUAUGGCGCAUGCCCUUGCCCGACGCCUACGAGGAGCAGAUCAAGUCGAAGAUCGCUGAUUUGGUGAAUGUCGGUCCGAGAGCAGGGGGAGCGAUCACCGCGGCGCUCUUCCUCGGCCACUUCGUGGAGGACGUGCCCCACGCGCACGUCGACAUCGCGGGCCCGGUCUGGAACGGGAAGGACUCUUGCGCGACCGGCUUCGGGGCGAAGACGAUGGCUGCCUGGGUCGAGGCCCGGGCCGCCGCGUCGGACUUCGGGGCGCCGUUCUAGGGCGUAACUUCUUAGGUGUAUA